CUACGGCAACCGAGGAAGGACAAACCGUGCGCACUGCUGAAAACGACACUUAAGCAGGAUUUGAGGCCUGGCUGUAUAUAUCGUAGCUUAGCCAAGCUACUGAGGCAGUCGGCGCAAUGGCAGCACAUUUGAAAAAGCGGGUGUACGAGGAAUUCUCAAAAGUUGUUCAGCAGCACUCCCAUGAAGAAACCCCCACCAAGAAGCUCCGCCUCAGCAAGCCCAGCAAAUCGGCGGCCCUGCACAUCGACCUGUGCAAGGCCAGCUCACCCACCGACGCCCUGCAGUACCUGCUGCAGUUUGCCCGCAAGCCCGUGGAGGCAGACAGCGUGGAGGGUGUGGUGCGCAUCCUGCUGGAGCAUUACUACAAGGAGACGGACAGCUCCGUCAGGCUGAAGAUCGCCUCCCUGCUCGGCCUGCUGUCUAAAACGCAGGGCUUCUCCUCCGACUGCAUCAUCGAUGAUGUCAUUAACACGCUUAACAGUGAAAAAUCCCACCAGGUGCUGGCACAACUGCUGGACACACUGCUGGUCAUUGGGACGCAGCUCCCCGAUGGUGUCAGCGUCAGACUCAGACUGAUCGAUGUGGCGUGCAAGCAUCUGGCUGACACAUACUUCGGGGUGAGGAACAAGUGCCUUCAGUUGCUGGGAUGCCUGGGUCCGGUGGACAAGCCCCCAGCUAGUGAGAGUCAGGGCGGGGCAGUGGGCGUGGCCUCCAGGGAUGUUCAGGGCAUCAUCAGUGACUACUUCGGGGACCAGGACCCCAGGGUUCGCACUGCAGCCAUCAAAGCCAUGCUGCAGCUGCAUGAGAGAGGGAUGAAAUUACAGCAGACCGUGUACAGCCAGGCCUGCAAGCUGCUCUCCGAUGACUAUCAGCAGGUCCGCUCUGUGGCCGUGCAGAUGGUUUGGGUGCUGAGCCAGCUCUACCCCGAGAGCAUCGUCCCAAUUCCCUCGUCCAAUGAAGAAAUCCGACUGGUGGACGACUCAUUCGGAAAGAUCAGCCACAUGGUCAGCGAUGGCUCAUGGGUAGUCCGGGUCCAGGCUGCCAAAAUACUGGGUUCGAUGCAGCAGGUGAGUCCACAUUUUUUGGAGCAGACGCUGGACAAGAAACUGAUGUCGGACCUCAGAAGGAAGCGGACGGCCCACGAGAGAGCCAAGGAGCUAUACAGCUCGGGCGAGUUCUCCUCGGGCAGGAAGUGGGCCGACGACGCCCCCAAGGAGAAGGUGGACACCACGGCGGUGAACCUGAUGGACUCGGGGGCGUGUGGGGCGUUUGUGCACGGCCUGGAGGACGAGAUGUACGAGGUCCGCAUUGCGGCAGUGGAAGCCCUGUGCGCGCUAGCCCAGUCCUCGCCCAGCUUUGCGGAGAAGUGCCUGGACUUCCUGGUGGACAUGUUCAAUGACGAGAUCGAGGAGGUGCGCCUGCAGUCCAUCCACGUCCUGCGGCAGAUCUCCACCCAUAUCACCCUCAGGGAAGACCAGCUGGACACGGUCCUUGCUGUGCUGGAGGACUCUUCACGGGACAUCAGAGAGGCUCUUCACGAGCUGCUAUGCUGCACCAACGUCUCCACCAAGGAGUGUAUCCAGCUGGCUUUGCUGGAGCUGCUGAAGAACCUAGCCAAGUACCCCACCGACCGCAACUCCAUCUGGAAGUGUGUGAAGUUCUUGGGGACACGACACCCAACCCUGGUGCUUCCCAUCGUCCCUGAGCUGCUGAACACGCAUCCAUACUUCGACACCCCCGAGCCUGACAUGGACGACCCAGCCUACAUAGCGGUGCUCGUGCUCGUGUUCAACGCGGCGCAGUCCUGCCCCACCAUGACGGCCCUGUUCUCAGACCAUACCCUCAGACACUACGCCUACCUGCGUGACAGCCUCUCGCAUCUGGUGCCACAGCUCAGGCUGCCGGGCCGGAAGCUGACGUGCGGCGCGGAACCGAGCGGCCCUGCGUCCAGCGUGGAGUCGGCCCAGCGCUUCCUGAAGGAGAGCCUGUCCAGAGUGUGUGGCCUGCAGCACCUGGACACCCGGGGGGCCCAGGCUCUGCUACAGUUCACCAUCAGAGACCUGCAGAGUCUGGGGGAUCUGCAGAUGGAGCUGGCCGGGGCAGCGGAUUUCUGUGCCACCUACCUGCACUGUCAGCUGCUACUCAUGAAAGCUCUGCAGGAGAAGCUGUGGAGCGUGGCUGUCCCACUUUACCUGAAACAAAACGCUAUGGCAACCGCAGCUGCCAAACAGAUCCUGGAGGAGACGUACAAGCUGGAGUUCCUCUACGGCGGCCUGGAGAGCCCGCUGGUGGCCAUCAUCCACCACAUGCGGCUGCAGGCCAAGGCUCUGCAGCUAGUGCUCAUGGCACGCACUCGCAAGGGGGUGGAGCCUCUCCUAGGUGUCUGUGAGAAGUUUCUUCAAGAAGUGGAUACUUUUCAGAGGCUCUUCAUUGCAGAGCUGCCGUAUCUCCAGGACAGCUUUGUGGAAAAGCUGCUGGAGCUGAUGCCUAGGCUUGUGGCCUCCAAGCCCGCGGACCUCAUGAAGAUCCUGCAGACCACUCUGAGACAGAGCGGCUUCCUGCAGCUCAAGCUGCCUGAGCAGAUCCACCGUGCGACAGCGACCAUAAUCGAACCCACUGGAGAGUCGGACAACCCGCUGCGGUUCACCUCUGGGCUGGUGGUGGCCCUGGAUAUCGACGCCACCUUGGAGCACGUGCAGGAUCCCCAGACCACAGUCAAGGUCCAGGUGCUGUAUCCCGAUGGACAUUCGCAUAUCAUCCAUCCCAAGCCCGCAGACUUCCGGAAUCCAGGUCCCGGAAGGCACCGGCUCAUCACACAGGUGUAUCUGUCCCACUCCGCGUGGACAGAGCCGUGCCAGAUCGAGGUCAAGCUGCUGUUGGCGUAUGGUUCCAGUUCAGGGCCCAGCUCCAGCAGGAGCCCCUGGAGUGAGAACACAGAGGGCCUCCAAUCCACAGAGGGCGCCAUCGAGGGCACCAUCCCCUUAAGCAAAGCCGUUAAGGUGUUCAUUAUGCCCAAGCCAGCACGCCGCUGACCUCUGCUGGCCGUGGAAAGCUACAGGCUGGGGGAAUCCACUCGCAUGGAACAACGGAGUGACGUGUGUGGGACUCCUACUUCAUGCAUACAGCUGGCAACAUUCCUCAGAGACUGUCUGAGAUUCCUCAUUAAUGUCUCUCUUCAUAUUAGUGGGCAAAUUUAGUAGCAGCUCUAUUUUAGUGUUUUUUUUGAAGUUGAAAGAAGGU